AUGAUAGCAAUACGACGUGAGGGCUUGUGCCUGGGCGUUGCCGUCGUGCUUGGCUAUUCCAGAGAUAGGAUAGCCAAGACGCCGCAUCCCGCGCUGGCGAAGGGAGUUGAGUACCUUCAUCGACAGCCUAGCGGGAACUGGCGAAACGGAGCAGAGAAAAGAAACGAGAGGGACCAGGAAAAAGAAACAAAGCCGAAACUGUGGGUUGCCAUAGGCGACGACAGCUGGAGUAUUGAACUCCAUGCAACUGUAUCUGCCCUUGAGGUCCCCAACUCUGGUGGUAUACGAGCAGAAGCGAAAACUGGACUUCAUGGAGAGUCAAGGACAUCGAGGGAAAAGUCGCGAUAUAAAAAGGGCCUUGACGGACUCGCUGAGAAUGAAUGGAAAGACCAUCCGCAAGCAUCGCCAGCAGCGAACGAACAAGCCAAGCAAGCCAACAAUCCCUCAGCGAUCCAUCGGUUCAAGGCCAGUUCAGACUGCACUCGUGACACCAUGAAGCUCUCCGUCUUCACCGCUCUCUCCGCCCUCUUCCUCGCGGCCGCCGCUACCCCGGCGAGGUCGAGAGUCCUGGUCUGCAAUAUGCCAUCCGGGUGCACCAACCUCGGUGGCUGCAACUUUUGCUGCGACAACACUCCCUCGGGCUGCCAUCUGCACGGCCCUCCGUAUGAAACCUGCAACGGUAACAUGGGCAUCGUGGUCCACUGCGAGCCUCAUUAA